CGGUAUGGCCUCAUCAUCAACACCUAAAUAUAAUUCAAACUCCUUGGAGAGUUCCUCAAGUAAAAGGACUCUAAAAGAUGGACCUACCUGGGAACAAAAUGAAGAAAUACCUCGUCUGCCAGGAGAGACUAGAGUUACAGACAAGGAUGUUAUUUAUAUGUGUCCAUUUAAUGGCCCUGUUAAAGGAAGAGUGUACAUCACAAACUACAGGCUGUACCUAAGAAGUGUGGAAAAUGAUCCAGUUGUGGUAUUGGAUGUUCCAUUGGGUGUAAUUUCAAGGAUUGAAAAAAUGGGAGGAGCUUCAAGCAGAGGAGAGAACUCUUAUGGAUUAGAUAUAACCUGUAAAGAUAUGAGAAAUUUACGGUUUGCAUUAAAACAAGAAGGGCACAGUAGAAGAGAUAUAUUUGAAGUCCUCACAAAAUAUGCUUUUCCACAGUCGCACAACUUGCUUUUCUUUGCAUUUGUAAAUGAAGAAAAGUUUUCUGAAAAUGGAUGGAUGGUGUACAAUCCAAUGGCUGAAUACAGGAGACAAGGGCUGCCCAACGAGCGGUGGCGGGUCACCUUCAUCAACGAGCACUAUGGGCUGUGCGACACGUACCCGUCGCUGCUGGUGGUGCCGUAUAACGCGACCGAUGACGACCUCAAGAAAGUUGCUUCCUUCAGGUCUCGAAACAGAAUCCCGGUUCUGUCAUGGAUUCAUCCAGAGACUCAAGCUGUUAUUAUGCGCUGCAGUCAGCCCCUGGUUGGGAUGAGUGGCAAGCGGAACAAGGAUGAUGAAAGAUACCUGGAUAUCAUCAGGGAGGCAAAUGGGCAGAUCUCAAAACUGACCAUCUAUGAUGCUAGGCCCAAUGUCAACGCAGUUGCAAACAAGGCAACUGGGGGAGGAUAUGAAGGUGAAGAUGCAUAUCCCAAUGCAGAACUUUUCUUUUUGGACAUACAUAAUAUUCAUGUCAUGAGGGAAUCUUUGAAGAAGUUGAAGGACAUUGUUUAUCCUAACGUGGAAGAAUCACACUGGUUGUCAAGUCUGGAAUCAACCCACUGGUUAGAACAUAUAAAGCUUGUCUUGACAGGAGCUAUUCAAGUGGCAGACAAGGUAUCCUCAGGAAGGAGCUCUGUGUUGGUUCACUGCAGUGAUGGCUGGGACAGGACAGCACAGCUCACCUCACUGGCCAUGUUGAUGCUAGACAGCUACUACAGAACUAUUGAAGGCUUUGAAGUUCUGGUGCAAAAAGAGUGGAUAAGCUUUGGACAUAAAUUUGCAUCGAGAAUAGGCCAUGGCGAUAAGAAUCAUGCUGAUGCUGACAGAUCACCUAUCUUUCUCCAGUUUAUUGACUGUGUGUGGCAGAUGUCUAAACAGUUUCCUACAGCCUUUGAAUUCAAUGAGCUGUUCUUGAUUACAAUCCUGGAUCACUUGUACAGUUGCCGGUUUGGUACUUUCUUAUACAACAGUGAGUCUCUGAGAGAAAAAGAGAAAGUGACUGAGAAAACAUUAUCACUGUGGUCUCUGAUAAACAGUGAAAAGUCUAAAUACACCAAUCCUUUUUACACUAAAGAGCUAAAUCGAGCACUCUACCCGGUAGCCAGCAUGCGCCACUUGGAGCUCUGGGUCAGUUACUACAUCAGGUGGAACCCAAGAAUUCGGCAGCAACAGCCAAAUCCAGUGGAGCAGCGUUACAUGGAGCUCCUUGCAUUACGUGAUGAUUACAUGAGGAGACUUGAAGAACUACAGAUCACAAAUAAUUCUAAGAUAGCCAAUUCAUCAACCUCGUCAGCAUCUCCCUCACAAAUGAUGUCCCAAGUACAAACACAUUUUUGAAGAAAAUGUUGGCUUCUUCCCAUACUGUAAUAGCAAGUGGUGCUUAACAUAGAUCUAUAGCAUAAAGAGGAAUAUUUUUAAUGCCUUACAUUAGACUGGCCUAACAAAUUAUUUUAGACUGUCUUCAGUUGAGGAGGACUUCAGAACAAGGAAACUCAGUUCUUCAGUUACGUGCCUUUCAGAAUCUGUGGACUGGGAACAUUAUUAAUAAACUUCUAAUUAUGGAGGGAUUUAAGAGCUAUUUUGGAAAGUCUGGUACAAUUGAAAUGAAAUUGAUUUAUUAUUUUCAUAAGAAUGCUUUAAUUUAUUACAU